AUGGAUGUGGUCAGUCGAGGCGUCCGUUGCAUGAGUUCUCUCUUACCGACCUGUCUCAGUUGUACUCUUGUAUGGUGUGGCUGUGGCUGGGCCUGGAAGGUGCGCCACGCCACGCGAUCAUCAAGUACUCGCGAUGCAAUCUGCAAAAGGACUCCUUCAAAGAAUCCAGUAUCCAAGCAGUCCUUGAUUACAUCGGCCACAGCGUCCUUGACGAUGGCCUGCGAUAGCUUCAUGCGGACCUCAGCCCAAUUUGUGUCCCCGGAAAACGUGAGCAGCGCUGGCAUGUACUGCUACACCAUCUUGUAUUGUGUUGUCCUGGAGUUUCGGUUUCACGUUGUAGAGUCUCCUCGUGUGUGUGGGCUCUAUAUCGAUGAUCAAAGCGAGGCGAACGAAACAAGAACAAACAGGCAUACAAUGACGCCCUCCAUUAGGCUGCGAACGGGGAAGAACUUUCACUGA